AUGAACUCUCAAGGUGCCAAACUCGAAGAACUCGUCGAAAAGACUCAUCAAGCCAGCUCUGAUGAAGAACGCAAGCAGGUCGCUCAGCAAGCCAGCAAGAUCCACGAAAAGGUCACUGGCCAUGCCAUGUCUAUUGAUGAGCAUGGCUACAUCGAGACCAACACUGACGAAGCCAAGAAAUGUCCUAAACUUCAUUAA